AUGGCCAGCGAGUUCAAGAAGAAGCUCUUCUGGAGGGCCGUGGUGGCCGAGUUCCUGGCCAUGACCCUCUUCAUCGUCAUCAGCAUCGGGUCCGCCCUGGGCUUCAACUUCCCCCUGAAGAACAACCAGACGUCAGGUGCGGCCCAGGACAACGUGAAGGUGUCCCUGGCCUUCGGGCUGAGCAUCGCCACCAUGGCCCAGAGCGUGGGUCACAUCAGCGGCGCCCACCUCAACCCGGCCGUCACGCUGGGGCUGCUGCUCAGCUGCCAGAUCAGCGUGCUCCGCGCCAUCCUGUACAUCAUCGCCCAGUGCGUGGGGGCCAUCGUGGCCACGGCCAUUCUCUCGGGCAUCACCUCCUCCCUGCCCGGCAACUCCCUGGGCAGCAAUGCGCUGGCCUCCGGCGUGAACGCGGGCCAGGGCCUGGGCAUCGAGAUCAUCGCCACCCUGCAGCUGGUGCUGUGCGUGCUGGCCACCACCGACCGGCGGCGCCGUGACCUGGGGGGCUCAGCCCCGCUUGCCAUAGGCCUCUCCGUGGCCUUGGGACACCUGCUGGCGAUCGACUACACGGGCUGCAGCAUCAACCCUGCCCGGUCCUUCGGCUCGUCUGUGAUCAGUAACAACUUCAAGGACCACUGGGUCUUCUGGGUGGGGCCGUUCAUCGGGGCCGCCCUGGCCGUGCUCAUCUACGACUUCAUCCUGGCGCCGCGCAGCAGCGACCUCUCGGACCGCAUGAAGGUGUGCACCAGCGGCCAGGCCGAGGAGUACGACCUGGACGGCGAGGACAUCCACUCCCGGGUGGAGAUGAAGCCCAAGUAG